AUGGUUUUCGCAUUCGACCAGAACGAUGCCCAACUUCCGGCCAACGCGCCGCGAAACCCUGAGCCUGCCAUGCCCGAAGACGACAUGUUCGCUUCGGGACCCAUGGACAUGAGCCCGCCCAAAGCGCCCCUCCACGUAGGAACCCCGCCGAUCAACAUCGUCAGCCCUAUGCCACAGCGCGCAAUGCAGCCCGGCCCCGAGGGCAAGCAGCAGGGACCAGACAAAUUGGAUUUCGACGCCGUGUUCAAGAAGGCCCAGAAGAACAAGAAGAAGAAAAAGAAGGGUCUGAAAGCAGGACUACAAGCUACAAGCGUCACCCGGGGUUUUCACACUCCAGUCACGUCUGGUGGGGAGGAGUCGGACUACUCUUUGGCCACUACACCGCGCUUCGGACCUGUGCGCUCUGGACUUCCCAGCGUCACCAGCAGCCCAGCGCUUAGACCCCAGUCCACGGCGGGAGGCAUUAGCAACCUUAAAGCCCAGCUGGAGGCGCUGAACCUAGGCCCAAGGAGCGACUCACCCAUGAAGGAUUCCCCAGGAAAGGGUGUCGCUAUGAGCAGGGUCACAUCGCAGUUAUCGAGCAACACCAGUAUGUCAGGCCGGGAAAGUGACAGUGACCGUACGGAGAUGGAGAGCUACGAAAUCGACCUCAACGCAGAAGACUUCAACAUCGACACGCUCUCCAAGACUUCGACCAUGUUGAACAGCGGCAUGGCGCGCAAGAUGACGGCCGAGGACUUUGAGCCGUUGAUGUGUCUGGGCAAGGGCAGCUAUGGCACCGUCUUGCUGGUCAGGCAGCGCGCGACAGGCCGCCUUUUCGCGCAGAAGCAGUUCAAGAAGGCUUCCAUUACUGUGCAUAAGAAGCUCAUCGAACAAACCAAGACGGAGCGAAAUGUCCUCGAGAGCGUGAACCGACACCCCUUCAUCGUCAACUUCUACUAUGCCUUCCAGGACCAGGAGAAGCUGUACCUCAUUCUGGAGUAUGCCCAAGGCGGCGAGCUGUUCCACCACCUCGCUGCUGAGCGCAUGUUCUCCGAGGACGUAGCCGCCUUCUACAUGGCUGAAAUGGUACUUGCGCUUGACCACCUUCACCGCACAGUCGGCGUCAUCUACCGCGACCUAAAGCCUGAGAACUGCCUUCUGGACUCCGAGGGCCACCUGCUCCUUACCGACUUCGGCCUCAGCAAAGUCAGUCUUGACGAAGACAGCCCCUGCCGCUCGAUCCUCGGUACCGUAGAAUACAUGGCUCCGGAGGUUGUUCAGGGCCACGAGUAUGGCGCGGCAGUCGACUGGUGGUCCCUAGGCGCACUCGGCUUCGAUCUUCUCACUGGCGCUCCUCCCUUCACUGGCAACAACAACGCCAAGAUCCAGGAAAAGAUUGUAAAGCAGAAACUUGCCCUGCCUUACUACCUCAGCGCCGACGCAAAAGAUCUCCUCACUCGCCUCCUCCGCAAAGACCCCAAGAAGCGCCUAGGCUUCAACAUGGCCAAGGAUCUGCCGAACAUCAAGAAACAUAGGUUCUUCCGCAAGAUCGACUGGAAGAAGUUGGAAGCGAGGGAGUUGGAGCCGCCGAUCCAGCCACUCAUCACGGACCCGGAGUUGGCGGAGAACUUUGCUCAGGACUUUACCGACCUACCACUGAGCCCUGUUCUGACCAAGAAGUUUGACGACUUGAUGUUUGAGAGUCAGGCUUCUAGCAAUCCUUUUGGGGGUUUCAGCUUUGUGGCUAGCCAGAGCCUGUUGGAUAGUGGAGAGUGGGGAUACUAG